UCCCGCCCGCCCCGCGCCUCCCUCCGCGGCCGCGCCGGGGAUGCGGCAGCCGCCGGGCACCGCCGGGCCCCGGAGCCCAUGGGAUGCGCCCGCCGUCGCCUGGCUGGUGUAGGAUUUUGGCAGAGCUGGCCAUGAUGUUAUGGUUUGUGGUGGGGGCCCUGUUCCCAGCGCUGCUCCUGGCUGCUCCACCGCCCAUAAACAAACUCGCCCUCUUCCCGGACAAGAGCGCCUGGUGCGAGGCCAAGAACAUCACCCAGAUCGUGGGGCACAGCGGCUGCGAGUCCAAAUCCAUCCAGAACAGGGCCUGUCUGGGACAGUGUUUCAGCUACAGCGUCCCCAACACCUUCCCCCAGUCCACAGAGUCCCUGGUGCACUGUGACUCCUGCAUGCCAGCCCAGUCCAUGUGGGAAAUCGUGACACUGGACUGCCCAGGCAACGAGGACAUCCCCAGGGUGGACAAGCUGGUGGAGAAGAUCCUGCACUGCAGCUGCCAGGCCUGUGGGAAGGAGCCGAGCCACGAGGGAGCUCUGUUCAACGUGUACCUGAACGCCGAGGAGAACGCGCCCCACCAGGGGCCCCACCACUACCCCCAGGAGAUGGAGGAGCCGCCGGCCUCCAGCCACCAGCAGCACGAGGAGGAGGCCGAGGAGUGACCCGGCCCGUGUGGACUGUCCCGGCAGGGCUGGCCGAGGGCCGGCUUUUGGGGAGGGAAGGGGGUGCUGGAGCCUUUCCUGUCGAAUCGCUGCCCUCGCGUCGCCCCCCGACAGCGCGGGGCCUCUCCUGAUGCAAAACUAAUUGCACAUAAUAAUAAUAAUUAUAAUAUAUUGAGAGGAGCGGCAGCAGGGGCUGGGCCGGGCUCUCCCUGGAGCUCUGCUGGCUUUUCCUCGUGCCCAGGGUGGAGGAAGAAGGGAAGAAACCUCUCCAGAGCCCCACCAGGGAUCCACAUCUCUCCUGGGGUGGUGGGAUCUUAGUCCAACCCCAAUUCUUUGUAGCAGGUGGUGUCUGGGGAGGGUUUUUCCCCAGGAUGUGCCUCUGGGGCUGUAAGUGUGGAGCUGUGCUGGUGACAACCCUCGCUGUCCCCAGGGCCACCACGGGGACAAGGGACUGGGACCUCGGCGCUGGGGCUUCACGUUUUGGGGCUGCAGGGGAAGGCCAAGAGCUGGGGGAUGAUCUGGGGGAGGUUCCACCCCUGUCCCCCCUCUCCCUGCUGCACUUCCAUGGGGGUGGAGGGAGAAGGGGGCUGAGGGCUGGAACGUCCCUGGGGUCGGGGUGGGCACGGCCUCUGCUGCCCCUCUCUCUCCCUUGUAUAAAGCUGAUUCCUCGGCAUUGUCCUGACAAGAGCUUCCAGAGCUUGUAAUCCAUGCCUCUCCCUCCUUUUGACAAGUUUUGGGUUUGGUUUUUUUGUUUUUUUUUUUCCUUAAAUAAAUUAGUUGUGAGUUCCACUGCUCAGUGCUCUGA